AUGAUCGAUAGUAAGACUAUUAAGACAUGUAACUUUCUGUUUCAAACUAACAGAACUACAAACUGGGUUCUAAGUACUAAACCAAUAGAAUCAUGUUCAAGUGGCAUUUUCCACGUUUCUUAUAAAUUAGGAGUAUAUAGAGAAGCUACUCUGGUUCUCGAAGGUCAAAACCUAUACAAAUACAGGAAUUAGGUAAAAAAAUGAUAAUAUCAUGAUAGAAAUGGAAGGUUUGUGAUAUUGGGAAUUCUUCCUUGGAAAUGAUUAAGCAUAAUAUCUUUGGAGAGGGUUGUAGAUUAGGUUUAGGAUAAAACUUCAUUGAAAUUUUUGGAAGGAUAGAAGAAUUGUUAGAAAAACUCAAAAAGCAGUGUAUAUAAAAGAAUUUCACUUAAAAAUACUCCAUUUUAAAAUUAAUUGGAUAAGGUACUUAUGGAAAGGUAUUUAUAUAGUAUAAAAGUUAGGUUUAUAGAGUGAAAAAUAAGACUAACCAAAUAGAGUUUGCUGUGAAAACUUUUGAAAAAUCUUUGCUAAUACUACCAAAUGAUAAAACUGCUUUAGCUAAGGAACUAGAGAUUGCUCGUCUGUUUGAGCAUCAAAAUUUGAUGUAAUUUUAUGAAGCAUUUGAAUCCGAGUAAUUUAUUUUUGUAGUUUUUGAAUUGUUAUUGGGUGGUAAUUUGCGAUAAGAAAUAAAAAAAUCGAAGGUUAGUGAAAAAAGAGCUUUCAACAUUAUUCGACAAUUACUUGUUGCAAUAGAUCACAUGCAUAGUCUUGGUGUUAUACAUAGAGAUAUUAAACCAGAGAACAUAAUAUUUCGAAAUACAGAAGAGCUGGUUUUAACAGAUUUUGGAUUGGCAGAUUUUUAUAGAAAAGAUGGUUAAUACCUAUUUACAAAUUGUGGAACUCCUGGCUAUUGUGCUCCUGAAUUAUUAUAGAAUAAGUUGUAUGAUUUCAAAGUAGAUAUCUACAGUGCUGGAAUUGUACUCUUUUAGAUGUUGACUGGAGAAAAUCCUUUUAAUUCAGAUGACUACAAUCAACGAGUAAAAUUAAAUAAACAGGGACUCAUUGAUUGGAGUUUAGUUAAUUUAAAUGGAGAUGCCUUAGACUUCCUUUAGAGUUUACUUACAAGAAAUCCUUUUCAUCGUUUUACAGCAUCCUAGGCACUUAAUCAUAAGAUUUUCAAUUAAGAGAAGGGACGCUUUUAAAGAAGUGGAAUUAGUAACACUUUAGUGAGUACAGGAUCAUAACUUUCUUCUCCAAAUAUAAAACCAUUAUAAAUUAUACCGAGUCCGUUGUAGAGUCCAAAAAUCAAUAGCUUAAACAAUUUGGAAUUUGACGAAUUAGAUAAUUUGAUUUUGGAGUAGAGCAAAAAAGAUAAAUCUAUUUUCAAUCAUCCUAUGUUAGAUAGAAGAUAAAAUUAAUAGUUUCAGUUCAACCAAAAACUAUAACAUAGGAGUACAAAAUCAGAGGUGUUGCUAUUUUUUUAAGAAUGA